GAAAACGAGUGACUGAGUGAGUAGCUAAGGUUAAAAUCUAGAAAACAAAGUUUGAAAACUUGAUUGAAGUGAUAAAUUUGUGAGAUAUUGUGUUUUUGUUUACAUUGUAUUUUAAUUAGAGUUUAAUAAAAUGAAAUCCAUCAGCAUGAGGCAGCAGAAACUCGAACAACAGAGACAGCUGAUGGAACAGAAGAUGCGCCAGAAACGUCAAAUGGCCGGGAUGAUGCAAGCUUCAGAUGUUGCCAGCAAUGCCCUGGUCAAGGGAAGAGCUGUUAGAGGAUCAUCGGCUGGCGUACGACGUGAAUUGCAUGGUUAUGAUGGUCCAUUACAGUUCACAAUGGCCGACACAAACAACCCUGAUGGCAGUGAUGUAAUAACAUUAACAGAGAACAACAUUCAGAACCAUCAUGAUGUGGGUAUCCUGGACAAUGAUGUGGAAGAGGAGGAUGAGGAGUCCACCCCUGUGAGCCCUCAGUCCAGGACUACCACCCCGGCAGACACACCUGGCGUCAUUGCUCCUGACGCUUCACCGUUCAUCUACUCACCAACUGAUGAGCUGCAGGGGGACAUUGUGGGCAACUUGGACAGCUUUGUGUUGCAACCUGCAAUACAGCGUGGCCAUUACAAGUGUCGCAUCACACGAGACCGCAAAGGCAUGGAUCGAGGUCUUUACCCCACCUAUUUCCUCCACUUGGAACGGGACUAUGGUAAAAAAGUGUUCUUGUUAGCUGGCAGAAAACGAAAGAAAAGUACAACGAGUAAUUACCUGAUAUCUACGGACCCCACAGACUUAUCACGUGGUGGUGAGGCGUUUGUUGGCAAACUGCGCAGCAAUCUCCUAGGGACGCAGUUUACAGUAUACGAUAAUGGUUCGUCGCCAAGAUCCAUAGGUCCACGUGAUGAUGUAAAAGCCAGACAGGAGUUGGCUGCUGUUGUUUAUGACACAAAUGUGCUGGGAUUCAAGGGACCACGUAAAAUGACGGUCAUAAUGCCUGGUAUGACACAAGAUCAUCAGAGGGUACAGAUCACGCCAGUAGACGAUAACGAAACUUUACUAGAAUGUUGGAGGAGUAAAAAUAUGGACAACCUGAUAGAACUUCAUAACAAGACCCCGGCGUGGAACGAUGACACUCAAAGUUACGUUCUCAAUUUUCAUGGCCGUGUGACUCAAGCCUCAGUGAAGAACUUCCAGAUCGUACAUGACUCUGACGUGGACUAUAUAGUGAUGCAGUUUGGGCGUAUAGCAGAGGAUGUGUUUACAAUGGAUUAUCGUUAUCCAAUGUGUCCCCUACAAGCAUUCGCCAUUGCCCUCAGCAGUUUUGACAGUAAACUAGCUUGUGAAUGAACAUGUGAGGGAACAAUCCUUCUUACUGUUUCAGAGGCGUCGGCCAGUCGAGAGAGAUCUGGUGUCCAAGUCUCUUUUCUCAUGACAAUGAAAGUAAUUUAUUUUUAGAUGUUGUAUGUUCAUGUUGUUUUUAUCAUUGUACAAAAGUAACAAAUGGUUAUAUAACUGUGUGGUGCAUUACCUGUUAAACCAAAUAUUGUUUAAGUAUUUGAUGAUUUUAAAUCUCUGGUGAUUAUGUGAUGUAUGUAGUCUUGUUACUAUGUGUAGUAUAAUAUGUAUAUGUUAGUUCCUAUGUUAGGAUUGUUUAGUGUUACCUGUUAUAGUUUUGACUUAGCACUCACCGGACUAUGUUAUGCUGGGGAGUGUGUGAUUUUAUGAUAUGUAACAACAAUUUCUGGCACACUAGCGGAAUCUCGUUUUUUACUGUUCUGUGUUGUUGUUCACUAUAAUCGUUUAUCUCUCCGGGAUUAAAAAGGGUUGGAUUUUUUUAAUAUUCAACAAAAAUAUAGUUUUUAUUUUAAUGUU